AUGGAUGCCAUCGCUCAACAAGUGGACCAAUGGAUCAACGACGACAAGAAAGAAAUUACGAAGUUUCUUUCUGCUCUUGUCCAAUGCCAAACACCCAGCCCACCUGGCGACACGCGAAAGGCCAUGGCCUUGGUGGAAGGCUUCCUGUCGUCUAGAAGCCUACCGUUCGAGAAAGUGACGGCUGACGAGACAAUGCCCAAUCUCAUCUCGACUAUGACAAUGCCGAUAGAGGGGCGGCACCUGAUGCUGAGCGGACAUCUAGACGUUUUGCCGGCUGGAUCGGAGCCGGGAUGGCUUCAUGAUCCGUGGAGUGGCCUCAUCUCUGAUGGCUGUGUAUGGGGUCGUGGAACAGCUGAUAUGAAAGCUGGCGUCACCGUCAUGCUAUUCGCGUAUCUCUAUCUGUCCCGCUUACGUCAGAACCUGUCGGGAAGACUGUCUAUUGUUCUUGCUUCUGAUGAAGAGACUGGCAUGGGUCGCGGAACUGGAUACAUGUUCAGUCAGAUCCCUCAACAGAUGGAAGCUGAUUGUGUCUUGUCUCCCGAGCCCAGCGGUACCGAGGCCAUCACUUUCUCCUCCAAGGGCUAUCUCCAUUUCGUCGUUACUGUUGAGACACGGGGUUCCAUCGCUGGGUAUCCCAACUAUAGCGCCAAUGCCAUUCGCAUUGCCACCGACAUCAUCCGUGACCUCGACGAGUUAGAGAAGAUAACCGCCGACAUUCCAUCAGCCAUCUCAUCGAGGCUUAACGAUGGUGAUUAUCGAGCAUGGUACGAUGGCAUGUAUGGUGAAGGUAGUGCUGAAGUGAUUCCCGCUAUUUCUACCAACAUUGAAACUAUUACGGGCGGUGAUUCUCCCGCUGUUAUUGCAUCCAACUGCGAAUUUGAAGUCACUGUCGUCAUGCCCACCGGCCUUGAUCCUCACGUCAUCUUCGAGAAAGCCAGUGGUAUUGUCUCUAGAUAUCCAGAAGCCCGGAUCGAAUUAGUGGGAGCUGACCUGGGGGACAUGUCAAACCCAGACAACGAAAUGGUGACUAUUCUUCAGGAUACUGUCACAGAUCUGGGUUGGCCCAAGCCUCAGUUGGUCCCUGAUGUGGCGAUUUCUGACCUACGAUAUUGGCGAUAUCGUGGCAUUCCAGGCUUUUGGCAUGGGCUUAAUGGUGAAAAGGUCAGCGCAGCCAACGAGUCUGUCGAUAUAGAAGAGAUGCUGCAUCUUGUACGAACGUACGUCCUUACAUCGGCAAGAUAUCUCCAAGCGAUUGUGCCUCUCGAUGAUGACAUCAGCUAA